AUCAUCUACUCCCCUCUGCAACUUUGCUUCAAAAAACAUAGAAAAUAACAAUGUUAUUUGAUUUUUUUUAGUUUUUAUUUUUGUAAUUUCUAUAAUUUACCAUAAUUCACCACUAACCCACAAAAAGCAACUAGAAAAAGCCCCAGAAAAAUGCAAGUUUUAGCUUGCAGCAAUUCUUGUUCAUUAAACCUUAACUGCAACAACGUUAAGAGUCACUCGUCCAUGGGUCGUCGUGAACUCUUGUCUACUUUAUGUUCCACUAGCUCCCUCAAAGACAUCGUUUCUCCAAAACCCAUUUCGAUUUUACGGACGGUUAGUGAAGGAAUCAUGCAUUUGGGUGAAGAAAUAAUAGGCAAAAGUAUUCCUUUUGCGACAAGGCGGAUGCUGCUAGCAAGUUUUUUUGCAUAUUUGAGUUACCAUCCUUCAAGGUACUUAUCAGCCCAAGCAUUGGGGGAUCCAACAGUGAGGGUUGAAGAUGUGACUCCUCCUGUUUUCCCUUCCGGAGCUCUCUUCCCUUCUGAGGAUAGAACUGUUCAACUCUUUGAAAAGAAUACAUACUCUGUUGUCAACAUUUUUGAUAUAACAUUGCGCCCGCAACUUAAUGUAACUGGUGCUGUUGAGAUACCAGAAGGAAACGGGUCUGGUGUUGUCUGGGAUGAACAGGGACAUAUUGUGACGAAUUAUCAUGUGAUAGGCAAUUCCCUCUCAAGAAAUCCAAGUCCUGGGCAAGUUGUUGCACGAGUUAAUAUCCUAGCAUCAGAAGGGGUACAAAAGAAUUUUGAGGGUAAGUUGAUUGGUGCCGACCGCACUAAAGACCUUGCUGUUUUAAAGGUAGAAGCCUCUGAAGAUUUGUUGAGGCCAAUUAAGGUGGGCCAAUCAUCUACUCUAAGAGUAGGACAGCAAUGCCUAGCAAUUGGAAAUCCAUUUGGUUUCGAUCAUACCCUUACCGUUGGAGUUAUUAGUGGAUUGAAUCGAGACAUUUUUAGUCAAACUGGAGUUACAAUCGGUGGUGGAAUUCAAACAGAUGCAGCCAUCAAUCCUGGAAAUAGUGGAGGUCCUCUAUUGGAUUCAAAAGGAAAUUUGAUUGGAAUUAAUACAGCUAUAUUUACACAGACAGGUACUUCAGCAGGUGUAGGAUUUGCCAUCCCAUCCUCCACAGUGCUCAAGAUUGUACCUCAGCUGAUCCAGUUUGGCAAAGCUGUUCGAGCAGGUUUGAAUAUUGAAAUUGCUCCUGAGCUUAUUGCUAAUCAACUUAAUGUUCGAAAAGGAGCCCUCAUCCUUCAGGUUCCUGGGAACAGUCUUGCAGCCAAGGCUGGGCUACUCCCCACCACCAGGGGUUUUGCUGGUAAUAUUAUACUUGGGGAUAUCAUUCUUGCAGUCAACAACAAACCUGUUAAAAACAAAGGAGAGUUAUACAAAGCAUUGGAUGACUACAAUGUGGGGGAUAAGGUAACCUUAAAGAUUCAAAGGGGCGGCGAGAAUAUGGAUCUGCCAGUAAAGCUAGAGGAAAUAAGUUCGUGACAGGGUCUCCAAAUAUUUAUUUUAGGAUGAUAACAUGUUGAUACUAGCACAAUUUGUCAAUUUCCCAUGCUGUACAGAGCAGGAUUUUAUGCUUGUGGAAAUAUAUGGCAAAGAGAGGAGCUGUUGUACACGAAUAUCAUCACUUCAUUUCUUCAUUAGAAUUGUUCGAUUCUUGA